UCUUAGCAAUAUAAUGCUGUUGCUGUGUUUUUUAAGUCCAAAUUAAGUUAUGCUCUUGAUAAUAAUGUCAGAGUUAUCUUGAGUGUAAAUCGACAUCAAUUUACAGAACAAGACGUAGAGCUAACAGCGAAUAACUUCAAACGUGCAAAUCGUACCUCUUUAAUGUAAGUUUAUGCAAAUGUAUGACCGCAGGACCGGACAGACGUCACCCACUAUACGUUACGGCUAUCACUGUAUGCAAAACUUUACUGCGAGGUGACACGAAGACGCGUGCACCCUUACUUAGGUACUUGAACUUGACUCGAGGUGUUGAACGCAAGUGACAUUUACAGACCUAUAAUGAAGUCUUUGACUCCUCACGAGGCUCGCUCAUGAAUGAAUCAAGCAUACCAAGAACAUGAAUUGUUUUAUUAGGCCAAUUUCCAUACGUAAAUAGCGUCGAUUUGUUUGUAGUGUAAUCAAGACAAAAAUCAAAACAAAAUUCAAGUUACAAAGCUAAAUUUAAUGUCAGUGGUUACUUUAUAAUUUACCUUACUCAAUCCGCCCAAUCGUGAAAAGUUUCACUUUAUUUCCCUUUACAUAAUACGUUAGAUUGCCACAGAUUAUAAAAGUUUAUUACGUCAUAAAGUCCGAACAGUAAUGUCAGUGAAAUUAAUUGGUGUUCGCGUGUUUUUGCUCUGAGAACUGGUAGUUGGGGAGUGUUUGAGUGACUAGUACUAAAAGCUACAAAGGUGUGGCGCCCAAGCCGGUACCGGUGGCUGCAGGCUGCUGACAGCUCAAUGCUCGAAAGCGACGAGGAAUCUCCGUUCGUCGUCAUAUCUCUGCCUGUGUAUUCCACAGAACCGUUUGCGGCGUCGUACGGAAAGAAGAACGGCAUGUGGUAUGGGGGCACCGCCACAGGGACCAGCGCGUGGUCUCGCGCUGGGACUCGUAAGCAGUCGGUAGCAGAGUCUGAUGCGCCACCCCCGGGCGGCGGCAAGCCAGCCAGCGGCCGCGUCAUUAGGAUUAUCAACAAUAUGGACCAUUCUAUACAGUGUCGUGUCUUAUUAAACUUGAGAACAACACAACCGUUUGAAGAAGUUUUAGAAGACUUAGGACAAGUUUUAAAGAUGAGUGGAGCUAAAAGAAUGUACACGAUAACUGGACAAGAGGUGAGAAGUUUCUCACAGCUACGGAACGAGUUUGCUGAUGUAGAGACCUUUUAUUUGGGCUCAUUGAUGGUCGCGCCUGCCUUGAGUCCAGGAGUUAGUGCUCCUUUACCAAUUGAGUCGCCGAUCAGAAGAUCUCGAUCAAGAGGUAACGUGGCAGCUGCACCCAUAUCUGAGGAUAUGCGCGGGAGACGCGCUCGGAGCAAGAGCAGGCCUCGCGUGCUUUAUGCUCCAGAAGGAGAGAUCGUGCGUAAUUCAGAUUACACAUUGCUGGAAGUGCUCAAAGAAGAACCUAUCCGUGUCACGAUAAGGGGCCUCAGGCGCACAUUUUAUCCCCCUAUACAUCACGCGCCCAUCGACAACACACCGCCUGACAAGAAACUGCAGCUGGACUGGGUUUACGGCUACCGCGGCUCUGAUACUCGCCGCAACUUAUGGGUAUUACCGACAGGAGAGCUAUUAUAUUAUGUGGCUGCAGUCGCUAUCAUGUAUGACAGAGAUGAAGAGUCCCAACGACAUUACACUGGCCAUACUGAAGACAUUCAGUGCAUGGAGCUACAUCCAUCCCGGGAGCUGGUCGCGAGUGGUCAGCGCGCUGGACGCGGGCGACGUGCGCAGGCGCAUGUCCGUAUAUGGAGCACGGAUACGUUACAGACUCUACAUGUGUUUGGCAUGGCAGAGUUCGAGGCGGGAGUCUCAGCUGUUGCUUUCUCUCAACUAAAUGGUGGUAGCUACGUAUUGGCUGUGGAUGCAGGUCGGGAAAGCAUUCUCUCUGUCUGGCAAUGGCAGUGGGGCCAUCUAUUAGGAAAAGUUGCUACCUUGCAAGAAGAACUUACCGGCGCCGCAUUCCACCCACUUGACGACAACCUUCUCAUCACACAUGGAAAAGGGCAUCUCGCGUUCUGGAACCGCAGAAAAGAUGGAUUCUUUGAACGAACUGACAUUAUUAAGCCGCCUUCUCGCACACACGUGACAGCUUUGCAAUUUGAGCAAGAUGGUGACGUAGUGACAGCCGAUAGUGACGGUUUUAUUACAAUAUACAGCGUCGAUAGCGAUGGAGCUUAUUUCGUACGAAUGGAGUUUGAGGCUCAUAUUAAAGGCAUCAGUUCCUUAAUAAUGCUUUCUGAAGGAACAUUGAUAUCGGGAGGCGAGAAGGAUAGGAAAAUUGCCGCGUGGGAUUCCUUACAGAAUUAUAAGAGGAUCACCGAAACCAAGCUACCAGAGUCCGCUGGCGGGGUUCGUAGUAUUUACCCUCAGAGGCCAGGCAGGAACGAUGGUAACAUUUACGUCGGUACUACUCGGAACAAUAUUAUGGAAGGGUCCCUUCAAAGGAGAUUUAAUCAGGUUGUAUUUGGCCAUCACAAGCAACUCAUGGGUUUGGCUGUACAUCCUGAUGACGAAAUGUUCGCCACAGCGGGACAUGAUAAAAAUAUUGCUCUUUGGAAAGGACAUAAACUCGUAUUUGCUACACAGGUUGGAUACGAGUGUGUAUCUCUUGCGUGGCACCCGAGUGGUGGUGCGUUAGCCGCUGGCAGCACUGAGGGCCAUCUCGUGGUACUCAAUGCUGAUGCUGGUGCCCAUGUCGCCACUCUUAGAGUUUGUGGCUCACCACUAAGCUGUUUAGCGUAUAAUUCUGCUGGUGAUACUCUGGCCAUCGGGUCACAGAACGGCAGUAUUUAUCUAUUCCGGGUAUCCCGUGAUGGGUUUUCGUACAAGAAGUCUAACAAAAUCAGAGGUGCGCAACCUCUGAUGCAACUUGAUUGGAGUCUCGAUGGGAACUACCUACAGACCGUCACUGCCGACUACGAUCUAGCCUUCUGGGAUAUUAAGUCUUUGUCGCCUGAAAAGAGUCCGAUAGCGAUGAAAGACGUGAAAUGGUCUACAUACAACUCAACAGUUGGAUUCCUUGUAUCAGGAAUGUGGAAUAAUCGGUUCUAUCCGAUGACUACCCUCAUAUCAACCGCAAGUCGAUCAGCAGCUCACGAUCUUCUCGUGAGUGGUGACUUGGACGGCUAUGUGCGCCUGUUUAGGUAUCCAUGCGCAAGUCCUAAAGCAGAAUACAAUGAAAUGAAAGUAUACAGUGGUGCAAUAUACAGCGCUCGUUUCUUGUUCAACGACCGUUGCAUGAUCAGCGCCGGUGGAACCGACGCCGCUCUCAUGCUGUGGGACCUGGUGGAUGAAUAGCAUCAAGUAGCGCCGGGACUGCGGCCGCCUGCGGUAGUGGUAGCACCACCUACGCCCUCGCCGCCGCCCCACGCGCUCAUAUCCCAUCCCACUUUCAAAGUGCUGGAUUUUGAUGAACUUGAUUGAAAAAUUGUUGAACAUUGUGGGCUCUUAACUGAAUUAUAUGGAUGAAUCGUUGACAACAUUUAUCCAACAUAUCCUUACAAGGUAGUGACAGGUUAUUGUAUCUAAGCAAUACAUAGACGAACCAAAUAUUCCAGAAAUUGAAAUGACAUGCAUUACAAGACACGACACGAACACUUUCUAUCACUUUACAUAUCAACUGUUGAACGAGAAUUUAUCUUUUAUUAUUUAGUUAAGUAGAUUAUACAUGACACUGCCAUUUCAAGUUGCAUACAAUUAUUAUUAUAGACGCGUAGUAAUAAUCACGCUGAGAUAAGUUGUCGUAUUGGAAACUAGGUAUUAUACAAUUUUGCACCUUUGAAUGAAAUGUGAAACAUUUUAUUGAAAUCUUUGCAAGCGUUUCACAUUGGUUACCGGUUGGUGCUGAUAGAUUAGA